AUGGAGCGGCUAUUAGCAGAACAAGAAGACGUUCUCUAUCAGAUUGCGAGGACGGUCGACAACUUCAAGAAGUUGGGGCAAGGCAAUUUUACUACAUCCGUCACGCGGAACCGGAUGUCCAUUUUGGAGAAGCAGUGGACUCAGUGCCAAAAGCUACAUGCGGACCUCAAGGCGGCAGUCAAGCCAUCGGAGCGAGAUGAAUGGCCGUAUUUCAGUGAGGAGCAAUUUCGGAAGGCGACAGAGGACUACUACGAAGCGUCUGACUAUCUGAGCGAAGUAUUAGAGAGGUUGACGAGACCUACCGCUCAUGUAACCGCAAGUAGUACUUUAGCUUUAAGCUCGGGUCCGCCAAGCUCAAUCCCGUUGCCGCGAAUAGAGCUUCCUAAGUUUUCCGGUCAGUAUACGGAGUGGGUCAAUUUUCGGGAUAUUUUUGAGUCGAUUGUGAUAAAAAAUGAAGGCCUCACAAACGUGCAGCGUCUGCAUUAUUUAAAGUCGAGUCUGACUGGCGAGGCUCGCAUUGUUAUUAAAAAUAUUUCCGUUACCGACGCGAAUUAUGAGCUAGCAUGGGGAGCCGUGAAAGAACGGUACGAAAAUACCCGCGCGAUUGUUUCUUCUUAUCUGAAUACUAUCCUAGAAGCUACUCCGAUGAAGGCUGAUUCCGUCUCCGAAUUGAAACGCGUGCAUGAUAGUAUUAAUGAUGCGGUCCUUGCGUUACGUAGUCUCGAGAGAAAUUGCGUCGAUGAUUUCGUGGUUGCCAUCCUGUCCAGGAAACUUGUUGUGAAUACCCGCACUGAGUGGGAAAUCAGCUUGGGCAAUAAACGAGAGCCAGCUUCCUUUAACGAACUGAGCACAUUUCUUGUUGGCAGAAUGCUGGCUCUGAAUGCAGCGGGAGAUACUCGCAGUUGA